UAUAUAUAUAUAUAUAUAUAUAUAUAUAUAUAUAUAUAUGUAUAUAUAUAUAUAUAUAUAUAUAUAUAUAUAUAUAUAUAUAUAUAUAUACACAGAGACACACAAACCAGAUCCCCUACCAUGAUAUGAUAGAUAGCGUUUAGAGCCAAAUGUUCGCAGAUCAACUAUUUAUAUGAUGCAAACACAGUUAUUAAAAAGAAAAUAACAAUGUAACAGAUGGAAACAAAUCAAACGUGUUGCUUGCGUAGCUGAAGCUAUCACAAAACUCAUCCGUGAUUGAGAAAAGAAAUAAUUAUCAGAUUUUCCGAUUUUUUUUUGGAAAAACGCCACUGAAGAUUGCUGACCAGCGUAGUGUAAACGCUGCAUGGGCAACGUUCCCCUCCAUGGGCAACGUUCCCCUCCAUGUAAUAGCCUACGAACAUGUAUACACCUUGGUCGGUUGGCAAAAGGGAUUUUGCAUCGCAGCAGGCUUUGAAUUACAGCUGAAAAAUGUUCACCGUCGGUACGUGUUUGGUUCCCGUGCUUGGUCACUUUCAGUUCGCUGCUCGACUAGUACGGUCGUGUUCUAUCUGGUGCUGGUGCUAGUGUGCAAAGUAGAAGAUACAAGUGACCCAAGUGACGCCAUUGUGUGGAAGAAACUAGCAAGUGUCGCUAAAUUACAGGACGGCUAGAAUCUGCGUGUGUGCGCUCUAUCUUUUUGUCCCCUCAGUUCUUGGGCGCACAGCUUCGCGUUUGCCGAACGUUUUCCAACUAGCGCGAGUCAAAUUACAUCGUAUCGGGACCGGUAGUGGGUUCCACCAGCGACAACUGUUGCUCCACGACCACGACAGGUGAUGCUCGCAAACUCUUUGCUUAUCUGGUUUUGAAUUCCAAUACACUCCCAUUGCGCGCUGCAUUUCUCCCCUCACGUAUGCAGAUUUUUGCUUUUCCUGUACGAGGGGAACAAAAAUCCAGCUAGAAAAUGCCGAACAAGCCCCACCACAGCUCGCGCGCACCACGGUUUCGCCGGCCGGCACAGGGCGAUAGGGAAAAUAACGCGCCGGUGCAGUCGCCAUCGCUGGGGACUAAUUUGGAUUCGCGAUCGCCGGUGCCAUCGACGAGCGGUACGCCAUCAGCAGGUAGCAACAUAGAGCCUUGUCAUGAAGCAUUCUACGAUGCGGAUUCGGAGUCGGAAUCUGAGGGGGAACCAUCUACGCAGGAGACGCCUUUCCCGUUGGCAGCCGUACAGGAUCCGUUCAUGUCGUUGGCUUAUGCUAGCAGCGAUGGCUACGAUGCGGAUUCGGAGUCGGAACCUGAGGGGGAACCGAUGAAACUCCACGUUCCGCCAUCUACGCAGGAAACGCCUAUCCCGUUGGCAGUCCAACAGGAUCCGUUCAUGUCGUUGGCUUUUGCUAGCAGCGAUGAGUAUUUCUCCAAUACACUGGGGCAACUACCGAGUUUGAGCCGAACGUACCGCGAUAGCAAACAACCAUGGAUGGUCAUUACGGAUAAACCACAGGGGCCGUUACUAGACGAUGGCGAUAAGAACUGGAUGUGGAAGCAAUACGACGAAUUGUCGACAUCGGGGACGGUUUCGCCAACGCUUCAAACGGUUGAGCCAGCGCAGGAGAUGUUUGAUGAUACAUCAAAUAUCGUUGAACCUACAGUUGAGCCUGUGUCGGAGAACAUUGAGCCAUCGAUGGUUGAAUGUAAGUCGGAGAUGCUUGAAGAUACAUCAGAAAUAGGUGAACAUACAGUUGAGCCUAUGUCGGAGACUAUUGAGCCGGAGAUGGCUGUGUCUGUUGAACCUACAGUUGAGUCUGUGUCGGAGAACAUUGAGCCAAAGGUGGUUGAAUGUAAGACGGAAAUGAUUGAGCACACACCGGAAAUAGUUGAGUUUACAGUUGAGCCUAUGGCAGAGAUUGCUGAGCCUAACUGCGAGAUGUUUGAGGCAAAGCUGGAGGCAGAUGAGCCUACACAGGAGACGAUGGAGUCUAUUCCACCGCCGUGGACGGGUUCUUCAGAGUUAGGGACAGAUUUGCUAACGUCGGAAACGGUUCCACCACCACCGUUGUCAACGGUGAACGAAUCAUGCGAUGACGUAAUAUUCGUCCACGGGUCAGACUCGGAGACGGAUACGACCGGAAAACUUUCGUUGGAAGAACUGAUGGAGCUCGACGAUAUGCCACAGACCCCGGAACCGUCUCAGUCGAUGGUCACCACCCGCAGCAAGUCGGAGUCACCGAAGACAUCAUGCAAAUCCAAGACGUCAUCGUUGCGCACGGCAUGCGAUGGCGUAAUAUUCGUCCACGGGUCAGACUCGGAGACGGAUACGACCGGAAAGCUUUCGUUGGAAGAACUGAUGGAGCUCGACGAUAUGCCACAGACCCCGGAACCGUCUCAGUCGAUGGUCACCACCCGCAGCAAGUCGGAGUCGCCGAAGACAUCAUGCAAAUCCAAGACGUCAUCGUUGCGCACGGCAUGCAAUGGCGUAAUAUCCGACCACGGGUCAGACUCGGAGACGGAUACGACCGAAAAGCUUUCGUUGAAAGAACUGAUGGAGCAGGACGAGCCGCCACAGGUCCAGGAACCGUCUCACUCGAUGGUCACCACCCGCAGCAAGUCGGAGUCACCGAAGACAUCAUGCAAAUCCAAGACGUCAUCGUUGCGCACGGCAUGCGAUGGCGUAAUAUUCGUCCACGGGUCAGACUCGGAGACGGAUACGACCGGAAAGCUUUCGUUGGAAGAACUGAUGGAGCUCGACGAUAUGCCACAGACCCCGGAACCGUCUCAGUCGAUGGUCACCACCCGCAGCAAGUCGGUUGCUGCGGGACCGUCGAAGACAACUCGCAACUCCAAGACGUCAUCGACGCGCACGGCAUGCGAUGGUGUAAUAUCCGACCACGGGUCAGACUCGAAGACGGAUACGACCGAAAAGCUUUCGUUGAAAGAACUGAAGGAGCAGGACGAGCCGCCACAGGUCCAGGAACCGUCUCAGUCGAUGGUCACCACCCGCAGCAAGUCGGUUGCUGCGGGACCGUCGAAGACAACUCGCAACUCCAAGACGUCAUCGACGCGCACGGCGAACCAACCGGCCGGCCCGAUACAGCUGUCGGAGGCGGGGCGCGUACCGUGGAAUGGGCGCGCGCGCCGCCUACCCCCAGGGUUUCAAGCGAAGCUCGCCCGCAAACGCUCGCUCUCCCGCAGCCCUCCGCCGCCCCCGCGACGCAGAAUUGAAGUGGUGCUGCCGCUGCCGCCGCCCUCCGACGAUGAGGAAAGCGACGCAGAGGACGAGGGACAAUCAAAACCGUAGGGGAU